GUUUUUAACUGAGCUACACGUACAUUUAGUGAACUAUUAACCAUACAAUACAUAAAGAUUUAUUGGUGAAGUAACCUGGAGCCCUAAACAUGAUUUCAAGACUUGUGCUUUUCUGCCUUUACAAUAUCUUCAAAGGAGCUCUUUGUAUAGAUUCAGAAGUUGUAGUACUUCGUGCUGUUCGUGGCCGGGACGCGCGGCUUCCGUGCGGACAGGGAAAAGUUUUCCUAGACGGGCCAGACUCGUACGUGCUGUGGCUUAAGAACGAUAGGGACUUUCUCUACAGAUUCCCCAAUGAAGAGACUGAAAGAAGGAUGUUAAACCAUGAUCGUAUAUUCGGUACAUCGUGUGACACUGGAGCAUGCUACGACGACACUUCGCUGCUUCUAAAGAGAGUCACUGAACAAGACAGCGGCUUGUACCGAUGCAGAGUUCACUAUCAAGCAUCGCCCUCACUGGACUACGUCAUCGACGUUAGGUUAGUUGAUUCGCCUGGCAUUCCACGGAUAUUCAACGAAGCGAAAGAAGAAAUCAAAAGAGGUUAUGUGGGUCCACUCAGCCUUGGUUCAGAUUUAACUUUGAUAUGUGAAGUAGAUGACGAUCAACCAGACACCCUAGUAUAUUGGCGUAGAAACGGAGUAGUGAUAGAGCGCGCACACUCAGUGAAGCCGGGCGUGCUGCGCGCGGACGUGCGCGUGCGCAGCGCGACUCGGGACGAGCUCGACGCGCACUACGAGUGCUUGGCACAGAACGCUGACGUGUCGGAGCCGCUGAGCGCGAGCGUUGUCAUCAAAAUGUACCUGCCGCCGAUAAAAGUGGAGAUCCGUUUGAACAACAACUUUGACUUCGAGGCGGGGCAGCCGCGUGUGGUGGACUGCGUUGUUGUGGGAUGCGUCCCCCCUCCCUCCAUAACCUGGCACCUGGGUGACACACUACUUAGACCCACAGUUCAUAAGGAACUACAUGACGGUAACUACACAGUGUCGUCUCUAACCCUUGCCCCGUCGCUGCGAGACAGCAAGCACGAUCUGGUGUGCAGAGCCCAUAAUUCGCAUUUACCAGCUGGGAUAUUUGAGGAUAAAGUUACACUAAAUGUUGGAUAUCGUCCAUUAUGUAUAUCAAGCAAGGAAGAAACUAUAGGAGCGGUGGAACGUGAAGCCGAAACAGCAACUUGUGUUGUCGACGCCUCUCCAGAACCUUUGCAGUUCAGCUGGACUUUUGCUGAUUCUAGAACUCUAUACACUAGUGUUAAGAAAGUGGCCGGGCAUCACCACCGCUACUCGUCCACACUCACGUGGUUGCCGCGCAACAAUGAUGUCGGCUUGCUUCUCUGUAGAGCGACCAACGCAUUCGGUGAACAAAAAAGACCCUGUUCGUAUACUAUAGCACCCGGAGGCCCUCCCAGAGCACCAGACUGUGUAGUGCUGCGAUCUUACCCUAAUGCUAUACGAAUUCAGUGCCAAAAAGGUUGGGAUGGAGGAAGACCACAGGUUAUAUAUUUGGAACUUUUGAGCACGGAUGGUACAGUCAUUCACAAUGUAUCGAAUGCAGCCGGGCACUUCCAGCUCCCUGAUAUGGAGGAUGAAAGAAACUUGACAGCAGUGGUGUACGCCAGCAAUUCUAGAGGACGCAGUGAGCCGAAAACCUUGCAUCUUCAAACAAUUACGCCACUGAGUGCAUCUGCCGUAAAGGAAUACGCUCACACACAAACAUGGACAAAAUGCCUGGAAGCAGCGGCAGGAAUAAUAGCUGUGGUGGCUGCACUCACUGGCACAGUCCUAUGUGUUAAAAUAUUUAAAAACAAAAGAGAUAGCUUCGAACAAAACCCUGAUUUAGUACCUCGUUCCGAUGGAACUUUCCACCGUGAACCAGAUUUUACCCGUGAUGAAAGACUAUUGGGUACAACGAAUAUUACUGUAAAUCAAUUGGCUUCAUGUCAAAAUCAAUAUACAUCGUCUCCGGUGCCCGCUUGCCGAGUGCUCGUCGGCUGCGCACACCCGCCGCCUCAAGACUCUUGCCCGACUUCACAACACUCGUAUUUCGUAUAAACGCUAUAAAAAAUAACGUAUCCUACAUUUAGACAUCUAGUCAAACUAGUCUAUGUUAAUAAAACGAUAACUUCGAAUAUUAUUGGUAUUAAUGAAUUCACUAGCGAAUACCAUUUCAACUUGUAUGUUAUCGUUCAGCUUUCACAAAUUAGAUUCUGUAUUAUUUUCUUAAUUUAACACACUGUUAAUUAAAGCCUUGUAAUUUGUUAGUUGUAUAGUAUUCAAACGAAUAUAAUUACGCACUUGUAAAACGUUUUAAUGUCACUCCUUCGAUUUCUUAUCGUAUAAGUACAUAUAUUCAAUUUCUUCCAUUUAAUUCAAGUAAAUAGCUUACAUUAAUGUUGCUAUUGUAUAUCUAAAGUUAUAUAUAAUAUGUAAUAGAACCUAUAUUGUUAUAUUUAAUUGAUGCUUUUACGUUUUUAUUUCAUCAAUAAAAUAACCAAUGUACAAUACCAAUUGCAAUCAUUAUUUUGUAAUAGUUAGUUUGUAACAGUGGAUGAGUCAAUAUUCAAUUGAUAGGUAUGUUAAACGAGAGCCUCUGUAUAUUGGAGAUAAAAAUUCAAAGCUGGCCGUGGACUACUAAAGAGCCUAUUAAGACAGCACUCAAGUGAAUCUUAUACAUAUUGGGCGUAUCUGAAUUACUUCACAACUUUUUAUAUUGAAAUAUUAUAUGAAACACUGUUUGAGAUCGUUUUAAAAACUUAUUUAUAUAAUGCAUAUUAAUGAGUCUUCAAAGUGUUAUCAAAAUAAUUAGACUUUGUAAUUGACUAAAACGCCUAAGUAUUAAGAUUGUUACAUUAUGUAUAUCGUACUGCUUGUUCGCGCUGUGUCUGUAUUAUAGAUAAUUUUUUAAUCGGUAGCCUGUAUGUUAUAAUCUGAUAUUACUCUAAUGACUAUUAAAUGACAUUUAAGUA